AUGAUUGGGAAGGGGGGAAGCUGCGCAUAUGUAUUGCAAGAUAUCGGGGUGGUAGUGGCGACCCUGAGUGCUCCUAUCGCUCCUGCCUCUGCCCUUCUUGUCCAGUUUUGGCCCCAGAACCUACGCCUCGACUUCAAAUCUGCUUGCCUGAUUCCACAGCACAACGCCGUCCAGGCGAAUCCUACUCACUUCUUCUUGAUCAGCUUCAGCUUUUCGGUUUUCCGUCGUGCCACAAAACAGGGAGACGGUUGUCUCACCAUUCACCCGAGUGAACGGACCCCUUGA